GAUGGGUUUUUAUUAUUAUUAUCCAGUAAUACGACUCAGCGAUAAAGCGGACAACCUUUCGUUUAUUACGUACCUUUCGUAUAUUACGACUUGCCAUAUAUUUUUAAUUUAAAUAGUGCGACUCAAGGGGAGAUCGGCAGGAAUAUCCUCUUCAAGCAGUAAUGCUCAUGGACAGAUCUUUAUUUGCAAAAGAAGGCAUUAUUCAUUUCUGUGAAUGCUUGGUGUCAUUGCGCUUGCGCGGGGUCGUCUCUCUCCAUCUAGCAACACUGCGUACUACUUGAUGUUGAACCGUGUGACACGGUAGUUGUAUUCAAUAUUAAUAACCACUAAAAAUGGAGAUACCAGUUACGUAUUGCUUGUGCGGUCGCCCAUACGAUCCUGAGCAAUUUAUGAUACAAUGUGACGUGUGCAAGGAAUGGUACCAUGGCGGAUGUGUGGCAAUAAAGGAAUAUAUGGCCAUAGAGUUUGACAAAUAUCACUGUCCACGCUGUCAAGCUAUGUGUGGUCCUUCAAUCAUGAAAGUCAGAACAAACUGGCAUAGACACGAUUAUUCCGAAUACAAUGCGGACACAAAACCUGUUCAGACAGGAACUCCGGUGUUUAUAAGAGAGCUGAAGACUAGACACUUUCCUAAGGCUGAUGAAGUUGUCAAGCAUCUAAAAGGACACCAAUUAACUCUUCAAUAUUUACAAACAAAUGGUUUUGAAAAUCCUAUAAUUAUCGAUGGAAAAGAAGGUCUUGACAUGACACUACCACCUUCCAACUUUAGUGUUGCAAAUGUUGAAAACUACAUAGGUGGUGAUCGGUACAUGGAUGUAAUUGAUGUCACUAGACAGAGUAACAUACGUAUGAAAUUGACGGAUUUUGUAGAAUAUUUUACUUCUUCUUCUCGUUCAAGUACAAGGAUACUUAAUCUCAUAAGUCUUGAAUUUACUAACACCGGUCUUUCACCGCUGGUCGAAGCACCGUGCAUUGCACGCAAGCUAGACUGGGUGACCACGGCUUGGCCACGCGAUUGGCCCGAGGACAGUGAUAUAAAGCGACCCGAAGUGCAAAAGUACUGCCUAAUGGGCGUCAAAGACAGUUUCACUGACUUUCACAUUGACUUCGGCGGCACGUCCGUGUGGUAUCACGUGUUGCGUGGCGAAAAAGUGUUUUAUCUCAUCAAACCGACGGCAGCAAACAUACAAUUGUACCAGCAUUGGAUGUGCAGCUCUACGCAGAGUGAGACCUUCUUCGGGGACCAGGCUGAUGCGUGUUACAAAUGCACUCUUAAGCAAGGCCAAACAAUGAUGAUUCCUACAGGCUGGAUACACGCUGUGUUCACGCCGGUGGAUUCUUUGGUUUUCGGCGGGAACUUUUUGCACAGUCUCAACAUUCCAAUGCAGAUACAGAUAUACGAGCUGGAGAGAAAAAUGAAGACCCCAGCGAAAUUUCAGUAUCCCGGAUUCGAGACGAUUAAUUGGUUCGCCGCUAAGAAGAUGCUGAAGGAGCUGAAGGAACUGAAUAACGAGGGCAAGAAAUGCCCGCAGUAUCAUCUACAAGGCAUAAAGGCGAUGCUCGGGAUUCUCAAGCAGUGGAACACGGACAAGGAUUACAACAUGAUUAGUCGCGGCCAAAUACCGGAGACGAUAAACAGCCAGAAGCUGUUGAAGGACCUCAGCAAGGAGAUACGACAUGCGGAACGUUACUUAAUAUCCCUGAACCCACCGAAGCCGGAACGCGAGAGUAAACGGAAGAAGAAGAAGCCGCUGAACAAGGACUUCGUUGUGGACUUUGAUUUCGCCGACAAGAUGACCGACAAUCCGUUCAAGGCGACGUUGAAGGAAACAAACAAGACGGAAGCAGCGGAGGCGCCGUUGCCGGCGAACAACAACAGACCACCGUUGAAGCUGACUCUACCGAAACCCGUCGCGUACCCCAACACCAAGUCGACCGUCGCGGAAAAACCGCCCGCCUCCGGCAACAAGCGGGCGUCCAAGCCGGGCAAACAGAGCCCCACUGUGAUUAGAUUUAAGCUCGGCAACAACGAGGUUGUCAGAAGUACAAAUGACAAUAUCAACGUAUACGGCAACGCGGUGACCGGCCACACGACGAUGGAGACCAUGAAGGAGCAGCAGCCGCUCGUAUGGAAGCAGACGUCGGUGUACGAUUUCCACGACGGCAGCAACGAGAGUGACUACGGCAGAUUCACGAUAGACGAGUCGCAGAAGCGGAAGCGGACGUCCCGGGCGAACCCACCGAAGCAGUUCAAGCAUGACUACGACGGGAACGUCGACAUACUGAACGACACGCCGAAGAACGGCAUAGAGGAGCUGCUGAAGGCGUCCGCGUACACGCUCGGCAACGGCACUCAGCGAAUAGAUGUUGCGCCUUCGACUACGAUUCCGCAGUACAGUCAACCUAUGCCGCCUCCCACUGGUUCCGACAGGGCGUCACCAUCCACGCGGGAGGCGAUCGCCGGCAUGUUGUCGUUCAGCGAGCAGUGUUACUCGACGACGAGCGACCCCGCAAAGUCGUCGAGACUGGUCAAAACGCAGCGUGACAACAACGACGACGACGACGACGAUCAGUUGAUAGAAAAUAUCGACAAGGUUCACCAGGACGAUGAUUUCAUUUAUCCAGCUCUGGACGCAUCCGACGACGAGGAGUACAGCUUCAAACCUAAGGCGAAGAGUCAGAUCGACGAAGCGUGGAAUCCAAAGGCCAGGGUGGGUCCUCUUCUACCGAAGACGAAUCGGCCAGCGCGGGAAGGCGUGAAGAAGACGUCCGUGGAGAAGGGCUUGGAAGCAGCCGCGGCGAAGCGAGCGAAACAAUCGGAUGAAUACCUGGAUAACGACAUGGACAAGAUUACCAAGAAGAAAUUGGGUACUGCCAAACGGACGUACAAUAAGAGGAAGCAAAAGGAUCCUGCGGUGAGCGCGGUAGGAACCGCGUCCACCGCACCGUCUGAAAACGUUAUCAAAUCGUCCAUCGGAUGCGGAUCGAUUCUGACGAGUCCCAACAGACUUAGGGAUGUCAAAGCGAAGCUUGCGGCUCCGGUUCCCGUUGAACGCAAACAGAGAAAGGGGAUGAAAACGGCGAAGCAACGUCUGGGGAAGAUCCUGAAGAUCCACAAAAUGAUGCACUAGGUGGAUAUUUAACGACUUUUGAUAUCUCGAUAUUUCAGUAAGACAAUAUUUACAUUGUAACAAUGGCUUACUGAUGCUUUACGUGACGCGACGUAACAGUUCAGUUGACAACGACACGUUGAUGGCGAAGGGAAAACUAUAUCAACCUACAGUUUGUAAUGUAUACACCUUAUUAUUUGGAUAUAACCGCAGUUUAAUUUAUGGAUACCGGUGUCAGGCAAAAUAAAUUAUGAUUCUUAAGGGAGUACGAACGAGACAUUGAGUUUGCAUGCAUUUGCGUUUGUAUUAGCGUACAUGAAAUACACGUGCUGAUGUAAGCAUACACGCUUGUCCUGAGAGAGUAACCAUGUAUUUUGCCUAACGCUAAUGGCCAUAACUUCGAAGUUGUAGACUCUUACGAUCGACUUGUUAACAAUGUCCUACAAGUUGCACUCUCAGCGUUCUUCAUCGCUAGCAAGUUCCUGGAUAGAGAGAUCGAUUGUAAGAGACGUUCACUUCCAAGUUUUGCUUAUGAUUGAUAGCAGAUAAAACAAGCUUAACGAUGACACAGCAGGAAGGAAACUAAUAUUUUAUUUUACAUUGACAAAAGAAUCUCUUAUUUUAUUUUCCUCUUUCUCGAAUCAGUUCUACCUUAUUUGAGAUGUAAAGAUCAGAAGUGAUACCUAUCUUUUUACAUAUGUUGUGUAGCACUUUACACAGUUAUUCUUAGUGACGUUGCCGUUUAGUUUAAACAUCACAGAGAGGCUGUAGGAUACUGAUUUAGUUUUCUAUAUAUAUAUAUACUUGUUAUAAAAAUAAAACAAAAAGAUUAUAUCUGCCAGUGAAACGUUUUGUAUGUAACUUACAGAUACGGUAAGGUGUACCUUGAUCGUUACUGCGGAAUACUAAGCGUACUAAAGUAGCGUAAGAAAUCUUAUCGAUUGUUGUAUCGCACAGGAAAUUGAGUUACCUAAUACAUUGUACCUGUUUCCUAUGAUACAAAGUACGAGGUACGUGAAGGCAUAAAAUAUUCGGACAUUCAUGACGGUUUCGCGAAAUAGAGGGAAAUUAUCCGCGAAUUACGGAUUAUUUCUAUUUAAUAAUAAAUAAGACCUUCGGAGUUGCUGAUGACUCGAGAACGUCAACGGCAACUUUGCGCGGAAACAACGGGGAAAAAUAUGUUUUCUACUUCACGACGACUCACGUUGAAAUUAGCCCGGGAAAUAAAAUUGUUUAUAUUCACGCUUCCUUCAUUCCCUCUGUCAUAAAUCUUCUUCUCACGCAAGUACACCCGAAGAAUCGCGAUUUGGUUAAUGUUAUGGUAUUUCAAGUUUUUCGUGGAAGCAAUAUCGUAUGAUUUUAUUGAUGUCGAUGACUUCUUGUUUACAAGCUUUAUGAAUUUAGACAUAAGCGCGCAAGCUGAAAUUAUGUAUUGAUGUAAGAUUUAUAAACGUUGAGAGAUGACAAAAAGUUCACUUCGUAUUCCACUAAUGUUAUAACGAUUAAAACUACUUACACACAGUUUAGUUUGUAUUAACGUAGAUCGCGAUAAGUAUUGCGAAUUAUAUUUACCUUACUGUUAGUAGGACACAACUGUAUAAUUUAUAAGUUGCUGAAACGUGUGUCGAGCAGUUAUUGUAGGAACUUGCAACAUCUAACGUGUCUCAAAUAAUUGACAUCCUUGAUGCAUUAGUCAAAUUUUUACACGACCCUGCAUAUUACGGUACACACCGAUCAUGCAUCUGAGCGUUGUCGAUUUGACACAUACACUUGUUUCCGUUAUCUUUAAAGUGUGACGUCGUUUCGUCUCUUGCAACAGUAAUUUACGUUGCAAAGACCAAGCUACACCAAGCUUAUUUUUGCAAUUAAGUGCAAUUGUUUGACAAGUUAUUGAUUGUAAGUAUCUUGAUUGUAAGAAAGUAAGAUUGUAUGUAUCGUGUCUUGUAAGAUUUACGUACGUGUAUGUAUAUUUACAUGUAUGUAAAAAUUAUACACUUUGCAUCGUCUUAUAAGAUACACAUACAUAUACACACAUAUAUAUAUAGAAACAUAUAUAUUUUUUUACAGAGCAUUCACCUUGUUAAUUUGUAUCGUGUCUCACUUUAUAUAUAUAUACGCAUAUUUAUUUAACAUCUUCACUCUCAUUGUGUGUCUUUGUUCAGUCUAACAACAUUCUUCGCAAACAUUGUAUAUUCUCAUGUCACUUUGUCACAUCGGAUCGACGUGAACGCGCGAUUAAAGAUUUAAAUCGGAGUCCCCGCAAAAACGAGUCUACGUAAUUUGUACGCGAAAUAUGAAUUUGUAGACUUUUACCACCAAGGAUCGGUAUAUUUCAAAUGUGUUCACUAAAUUAUAGACUAUAAUCUCGCAGGUUUUAAUGUUCGAUGCCGAAUACAUUAUUGCGAAACUGAAGAUGAAAAGAAAAAGAAAAGAGAGUUAAAUAUAUAUCAGGGAUGAAAGUAAAUAACAUUUAUUUUCAUGAUGCGCUCUUUAUUCGUCGCUCAUAGGAGUAUGUAGCACUUUCUAUGUACAAUAGAGUAUACUCGUCGAGGUGUAAGUACUUUAAGAUUAUUAGAUCGAUCUAAUGAGAUGAAAACAGCUCCGUAGACGAUUUUCGAACGCUUUUUUAAUGCAAAUUGAACAGAAAUUUAUAAGGAUGUACUGUUAAAUUAAUGCUUCCAUAGCAUCACGAUGCGCACUUGUGUUGGUGGGAAGUGAAGCAAGAGCAAAAUGUAUUUUUGAGGGAAAUCUUGUCAGAGCUAGAGUGCGGGUACAUGCAACUACUUGUCUCGAAUGCGCAGCAUCUUUUCAUCUUAUUGAUAUUCAAAUUUCUUAUCUCAUUAUUAUUCUCUCCGUAGAGUCUAAAUUUGUCACGACGACUCUUUAGAAUUUAUGCGGAUUACCGACUUUUGGCGGUUACUCGCGCGAGAGCCGUGAAACAUUGUUCAAAAGACGACGCAGAGAGGCGUCUGACUCGAGCCGUGUCGAACCAAUCACGAUUGUACCUCGCAUCGUGAAACAACAGAACAAUUUUUCAUCGUGUUCGUAUUGCCGAAUAAAAUGUUGGACUCAUUCGAUGA